CCUGAGCCACCUCACACUGAAAACAAAUGUGAAAGCUCAAAUGGGCAAACGCCUAGCAAUUUUUGCAACCACUCUAUUGAAAUUCAAUGUAAAAGAUUGAUCAAAUUUAACAGAAUGUUGCAAUGGAUGGGUGGAUCUAGGCGAAAAGUGACUACUUCGAGAAAGGCAACACGAAGCAGGCAAAGGCAAUAUUUUGAGCAGAAAAAAAGAAGACAGAUAAUCGGAGAUGAAAAGGGUCUUGAUGGCAGUCAAAAACAUUCAACUGAAAACAAAGUUUGUAGAUCAUUGGAUGUUCUCAGUUUGAUGAGCUUGUCUGCCUUGACACAUCAGGAAUGUAAACCAGGUGCAGCCACUGGUUUGACUCUUGAGGUUGAAACUGCAUUAAGCAAUGAUCCUCUCUCAAUCUGCACAGCCAGAGAAACUGUAGAUGAUGGCGAUGUCCAAUCUGGUUGUACAAGAAAUACAUGUGACAGGCCAUCUGGUCUUGAAUCUGAGCCCACCAUGUCUCCACAGGGGAGGGUUUCCUUGGAAAAUAGUGCCAAUAACCAUCCAUUAUCUGGUAAGGACCUUCCCUCCAAGAAAGGCGAUAGAGUGAAUUUUGUAAAGAAAUUUGCUGAAAGAGAUUUGUCAGUAAUGGAUUUGGUUAGUGAUGGCGGAAGCUGUCCAGAAAGACAACCACCAAAUGAAGGUCAUGUUGCUUUCUCUAUAGAAGGCCUUGGAAAAUUGGAUGCGCAAACACCAAUUCAAACACCAAAGCCACUAAGAAGAUCUACAUUUCCAUCAAAACCCUGCAACAUGGAUGAAACAAGUUCUGUUAGAUUGAAAGGGCAUUGUCAACCUCACAGAAUAUUUGUGAGCAACUCACUCAGAACACCAAAGGCGAAUGUGCUAACUGCUCCUUCAAAGAAAUGUAAAGGCUCGGGAUUGGAUUAUAAUAUAGAUAUGAGUCCAUUAAACUGUAGCGGAGAACCAGCACCUAAUGGAAGGAAUUUUCCAUUGAACAUGCCUAGCUUAUGUGUAAAUUCACAGUGGUUUCCUGGAAAGUUGGUUGUGGACAAGGGAUCUGCAGUAGCCACUUCAGAGGCCAAAAUAGUGAGUGACUUUUGGGGAGAAGAGGGCUUCGGCCAUGCUAUGGAGGAAAAUACAAAAAAAUGGAUUAGCACUUCAGAUGAGGAUACACAUGUCUUUGACAAAAGGAACUGUGAUGCUUCCAUGUCAUGGAUCAAUGAAGCGUUUCAUACUGUCAUAGAUCUCAAAUUUUUCUCAAUAGAAAGUGAAGAUAGAAAAUGGAGUUGUGGUCCAAAAUAUUCAUGCUUGCCAAGCAGAAGAGAUGCUGAAAAAGGACUACAGGAUCCAAUUGAAUGGCCUAUUGAACUGAAAACACUAGGUUCAGAAACCAAACAGGACUCUUAUUUCCUUUAUGAGGAAAGAAGUGACUGGGGUAUAGACACUGGACUACCUUGGUGUGAUCCUAUGCAAGACAGAACAGAUAGCUCGAGUUUGUCUAGAGAAGGACUAUUCUCGUUAGGAGCAGCUAACAGUCAUAGAAAGAAAUCAGAGGCUGAUUCAAUGAGGACACAAUCUAGAAAGAGAAAACUUGUUAGUCAACUUGACAGAGAUUUAAAAUGUGAUGGGAAUAUGAGAAUCUUCAAAGAGGAUCAAGAUCCUUUUGUGGAUUUUGAUGAUGUUCAUUGCUCAAGAACAAAAAUAUGGCCUCAGAACUGGUGUCCGCAGAGCCUUUUGAAUCCCAAUUCUGGAAUUCAUUUGAAGAAUAUACCUGCUAAUCAGAGAAACAUGGAUUCACACUGGGGUUCAUCUCUUGGGACACAAUCUUCUCUGGCUAAUGAGGAAUUUUUUUCAUUUCCAUCUAUUGGCAUGCCCUUAGGAAAUGAUACUGUGGCAAUGGAUCAUAUAUGCUCUCAUGACCUGCAUUUUCAUGUUCCGGAUUGCUCUCCUUCCUUCAGUCCUUUGACAAAAUAUGAAACAGUCAAUCAUUUCAUUCCUGACACUCGGUGGGCUGUAGAUGGAUGUGAACCCUCUGGAAGCCAUUAUUCAGUAGAUCCCAGAGAUUUAUUUAGAACUGAUACUUCAUCCAACAGUAGAUCUGAGAUAAGGAAACCUAACCCUAACUCCAUGUGGAGAAGCAACAAAAAAGUUUUUUUAAAUCCUUAUUUUCUGGAUAUCCAAAGACAAGUGGAAGGAUUUGAUUCUCAAAAGAAGCAUGCAGCGAGAAGAAUAUCUAUAGAUGAGUCAGAUUUGCAAACAACAGACUGCAAUGGAACUUUUGAGAAGGUCCCAGGGAAACAACCAACAUUUGCAGACAAUGCCUCAUACUCAAAAGAUGGUGAAAUUGCUGAUACAAUAGAUUCUAAGGAUAGCUGCAAUGGAUGUGACUUCAUGAAAGCCAAUUCAAAGAAUGGCAGCAAUAUGUGUGAAGAUGGUAAAGGUGAAACACAUGAUUCUGUCGACAACAAAAUAACAAGAUCUCCAAAUGAACUGGUGGAGACCCCAAUUUCCCAGGGCGAACAUCAUGUGAAGCCUGAAGACAAACAUCAUGUGAAGCCUGAAGACAAAGAGGACGAGGAGCUGCAAGAUCCAGAUCAAACUCAGUGACAGUCUGGUCUUUAUGGGUGUCUUAUACUUCCAUGCAUUUAUCUUGGCUUAUUUCGUUCAAUAAUCUUUCCUCAUGACAGCGGAAGUCGAAAAACCAAAUUCUCUAUUUAAUCACAAAGAAUGAACUACCUAGUCGUGAAAGAAUUGAUCAAACUCGGCUACUGAGUCACCCAAUCAGUAUUGGUUUCAUUAGCAGAACUGGCGCUUGCUUAGUAGGACCACACACGAGCCAAGUCGAAUUCGAGCUGGGCCGCCUCGAGCUCGAACCUGAUUCGAACUUAAGAGUCUAGCUCUAUAAAACAAGCUCGAGCUUGACGUGGUGAUACAGUGUCAAUCUUGAACUUAACCCAUUUAACUUGUUUAUGUUCCAUCAUGUCUCAUUUUAAAUUCGUUUAGUUACUGCUCGUUUAACUAUCCUCUUAUUAUAAUCAACAUUUAUUAUGUA